UUCAUUGUUUUUGAUAUCUCAGUAACUACAUUUUAUUUUUGUAAUCAUUAUAGCUGUCUUUAUGUGUUUUUAAGAAGCAGUUUAAUACAAUGAUGAAUUAUUACGUGAUUGUGCUCAAUAAUAAAAUGUUAACUAUGACUGAAAUUUCAAUCUAAGGGGUAUUAACCCUAUUUUGUAUACUGAGCUUUGUUCAUGAUGACUGUGUAGGGAAAGACGCCGGUUGUCCAUGACAAAGAUAUUCCAUACUUUUUCCACCAGUUCUCAGUCAACUGGUCGACUCCAUUAUUAAAGCUAAAACUACAUUAUACAAGACAAGAGUGCGGAGACGUGUGGCGCACACUGAUCACAAAACGCAGAACAACAACCCGAGAGACGAGCUAGCAUUUAAAUACAUGUAAAUAAUGAUAGGUUUCAGAAGAAACAGAAGAGGUCUGAUAUUGGGGAUAAAAUAACAUUGCCUUCUCAUCCUCACAAAGAAGUAAUCCCCUAUGUGAUCCUGCACUGACAGGGAGUACAGAACCAAAGAGCAGUGUGCACCAUGAGGCAUGUUACAAAACUCAAAAUGUUUACAGAGAAAGCCUUCACUUUUUCAAAUUUUUUUUGGACAGCAAGAAGUGCUUUUCGGUGGUGACUAGCAUUUAAGCAACAUCAACAGUGCACCCCUUGCAAAGCACCGUUCAGUUAGUAUGCAGAGUGGACAUAGUAAGAAAGCUACAGCAAGCAGCUUGGGCAGGGUGCGCAGCGCUUCCCCUUCCAGCUCUUGGCAUGACUGACCAAAUAGAGAGGUCUCUGUAGCAGUUGAGAGGCGGUGCCCUGUGAGUCUCUCAAACUGCGCGGAAAGAAGCACGCUUCUGAAUCAGGCCCCUUGUGGAUCUUGCACUUUCUCAGUCAUGCCCGCGAGAAGAAGAUCCCUCGCUGUAGGCUCCAGGGGGCGUAGGCGCAGUAGGAGUCUGGCGUGGAGCUCGGCACACUUGCCUUCUGGUUCCCCAGCCCCCUUCAGCACGCGCAGGGAUCCGGCUGUGUUCCCUUUCGGUUUGUUGCCGGUGGAGUGCCGGGUCCACGUGCUGUCGUUCCUCACUGAGGUGGAGAAGUGCACCGCUGCCCUAGUGUGCCGCAGCUGGAGCCAGCUGGUCCGGACUGGAAAGCUGUGGCGGGUGGCAGACUUCACCCGCAGAGGAGUCACCCUGCUGGGGAUGGAGAGCAUGCUGGUGUCCAUUAAGGAAUUUGAGCGGUGGAAGGCCUGGGUCCACCAGUACGCCCACCACCUGGCCUCUCGGAGAGCCAGCUUGCUCGUCCUCAGGGCCAGCUUCAACCUGGGAGACCAGGAGAGCAGGUGGGUGGAGUUUCUGUCUGAGUUCCUGGAGAGCGUCCACUGCGGAGACCUAAGCGAGCUGGGCCUGAACUGGACUUUCACACAGUUGGAGCCCCUGGGGGUCUGCCUCCAGCCCAAGCACAAGUACAGCUCGCACCAGGAGAGCCUGACCAAAAUGGAACAGGUCACCAACUUCCAGGAACUUCUCAGGAAGCUGGUUCAGAACUGCCCCCGCGUCACCACCAUGCGCCUGCACUUCGACUGGUCCCAGACCUCCCUCUCCCUCCUGUCGCGGUUCCAGCACCUCUGCGUCCUGGAGCUCAAGUACUUCUGGGUUUUCAAGGGGGUCAGCCCCAGCACCAUGCGAUCACUGACCAGGUCCCUACAUAACCUCAAGUCCUUGACCCUUCACGUCCUGGUGCCGCUCCGAGACCUGGGCGUCUCCUACUGCCUGGAGUCCCGCUCGCUCGAGUUCCUGGACGUAUCUCCGAGCCGGGGGCUGGUGUUCUCCUGCCUGGACCUCCCUGCCCUGCGAGAGCUCCGCGCCAAGAAGGUGCUGCGCGGGAUCACCCUGGACUGCAGGACCAGGCUAGAGAUACAGAGCCAGUGGCCCUGCCUCUACCAGAUCCUGCGCAACGGCACCCCACAGCUGCAGGUACUCAAUAGCGAGAGGCUGCUCCCAAGCUGGAGAGAGGAGGGUUACCAGGAGCUGACUGCUGCCCUUGAACAGUCCUGCUACUGCCUGAAGCACUCGGACAGCUGGCUCUGGUGACCCUCUCUGUGUCAAUGCACCAGCAUUGAGUAAUCCCCCUCUGCUACUCUGCUUCUGUCAACCCACUCUGACAAUCGCUCUGCAGUCCUGACAAAUCUACAGCUGCUUACUGUAAUCUGUUCUAGAUGCCUGCUUCAUAAAAAAUCACACUCAGGUAAUACUAAAACAAUGCUAAAAUCUGUCCCUUUAAAUUGUUGCUAAUUUUGUGUAUUUUGUACAGUGUUUUAUUUUGUUUUUUGUACAGUCUUCUGUAGAGUGUGCCAGUCGCACCAGCCAGGGCUUUAAAGAAGCCUCUCGCUUCCAGUGCCUUUAAGAGAUAAUCCCUUUCAGGUGCCAGAUAAUUCUGUGUAACAUUUCCUGGUUGAUCACGUCUACAUAACUGUAUACUGACAGCUUGCCUAGUCAGAUUGUCAUGUUUUUUAGUAAAAAAUGAUGCAAAAACAUUUGUGCUCUCUGAAAUGCUGUUUGUUACUAACACAAUGCACUUGAGCGAAGUUUGAAUGAUGGUUUGGUGUUUUUAUAAAGAGGACCAGGCUCUCCCAACACUCUUUUAUAUCUGUGGCACACAGCUUCUUCUGCAGUGCCCAGCAGGGAGAUUUUUAUAAAGGGGACCAGGCUCUCUCAACACUCUUUUAUAUCUGUGGCACACAGCUUCUUCUGCAGUGCCCAGCAGGGAGAUUUUUUAUAAAGAGGACCAGGCUCUCCCAACACUCUUGUAUCUCUGUGGCACACGGCUGCUUCUUCUGCAGUGCCCAGCAGGAAGAUUUGCCACCUGCUUUAUUCACACUUCAGACAGUAACCAUGUCCACUGUAGAAGCUAAAUCUGCAAGGAGCUAAAAAGAGACCAUUUGUGCUCAGCGACUGAGAAAUACUGUACUGUACAAAAACACUGUUCUUGCUUUUUUUGCUCCUGAAUAAAUAUCUUAAUAAUAAUUAUAAAUUUAAUUUAAUUUCAUGUCAGAUUGUGCCACCCCUCCAGAUCCAGUAGGCCAGGAUAUUUUCACCCCCUCAUCUCACCCGAUUCAAGGGAGUAUAUAAGAACAUUAGCAACAGAUCCCAGAAUGAUCCGUAUACACUAUGCUACACAGAAUGAAAAAGACUCCACAGAGUACAAAGCCUCAUUAGGCAGAAUGUCUGUAAUUUAUCAUAAAGCCGCACCUAGUUUCAAGUUCUGUGUGAGCAACAGGGAACCUUGUUUUUCAUUUCACUUUCAGCAGGGAAUGAACGCCAGCAUGUGUCUGUGUCUCUCUCAGUUGUCACAGUUGAGCGAAACUGCCUUUCUUUACCCCCCAAAAAGGAUGUCCUGUCUAGACCCAAAGCAAGAGCAAAGAUGCUUGGUGUGAUUAAGUUGUAUUCAAGUGAGCACCUAUGUAUACCAGCUGUGUAUCAAGUUGUUCUUGUUGACUCAGAAAUGUCUUCAUCAGACAAUGUGGGGAAGCUAUAAAAAAGGCC